AAUACUUUCACUUCCUACAACAGAGAGAACAGCGGACUGUAGACACACAGCAGACAUGGCGAACACAAUGUAACAGUAAGUUCUUUUUAACACUUGGGUUUUACUCUGAAGUGCAGUGUUUACAGCAUAGAAAUAAUGGUUUACAACAUAUUGACGCAACACAACGGUGACUGUUGUGCAGCAAAUAUGGGUCAGAUAGAAGAAGCCCGGGCAUCGUGCCUUGACACCCUCACCUACCACAGAGAGCUGCUGGUGUCCAGGCUGAGGAGCGUUCAGUGCAUCCUGGACAACCUGUUGGCCUGUGGCUUCGUCUGUGAAGAAGAUGUUGAGAUCGUACAGCGAACCGUCACCAAGCCAGAGCAGGUGCGCAAAAUCCUGGAUCUUGUCCAAUGCAAAGGAGAGGAGUCCUGUGAAUACUUUAUUUACAUCAUAUAUAAAGUAUGUGACGCAUACAUAGACCUGCAGCCAUGGCUGAAAGAGAUCGACUACAACCCGAGCAGGGAUGUUACGGUGAUGACAGUGGUUAACACAGAUCCCAUCAGCAGGUACUGUGAGAAGUUGAGGCAUGAGAUGAGCCGGGACACGUGCUUUAUCAUGUCAUACGGCCAGCAAGAGGAGAGCCGUCUGGAGGACCUUUACACUGACACACUGAUGGAACUGUUGAACGACUGCAAUGAGAGUUUGGGCUUCUUAGAGAGUCUGGACCAGCUCCUAGGAGACCAUGCGGUCUUCAAUCCCCAAGGGGAAACCAUCUAUGUGAUGGGGGAUGCCGGUGUGGGCAAAUCCAUCCUCCUACAGAAGCUCCAGAACCUCUGGUCCAAGAAAGAGCUGCAGACGGACGCCAUCUUCUUCUUUAAGUUCCGCUGUAGGAUGUUCAGCAUCAUCAAGGACACAGAACAGAUCUCCCUCCGAGACCUUUUGUUCAAAUACAACUGCUCUCCAGAUCAAGAUCCAGACCAUGAGGUGUUUGACUACAUCCUGCGCUUCCCGGAGAAGGUUCUUUUUACAUUUGAUGGCUACGAUGAGAUUCAGACGAAUGACCUGAUGAAUGUUGCUGAAGUGGUGUCUCCAGAAGCCAAGGCACACCCCCUCCAGCUGCUCGUCAGCUUGCUCUGUGGCAAACUACUCCAGGGCUCCCAUAAGGUGCUGACGGCCCGGACAGGGACCGAGAUCCAGAGUAGGGUGAUCAGGAAGAAGGUGGCUCUGCGCGGCUUCUCCCCAGCUCAUCUGAAGACCUACAUCCAUCUGCACUUCAAGGAGCAGGAGCACCGAGAGCUGGUGUCAGUCCAGCUGGAUGCUAGCCCCCACCUCUGCGGCCUCUGCUCCACCCCGCUCUUCUGCUGGAUUGUAUUCAAGAGCUUUAGGCACCUGCACACCAUGCAUGACAGCUUCCAUCUGCCUGAAACCUGCAUCACACUCACGGACAUCUUCCUGCUGCUGUCUGAGGUGUUCCUCAGCCGCUCAGCCUCGCCUGCACCGUCCCUGCUGAAGAAAAGCACUCGCUGUGCCUCCGACACAUUCAAAGCUGGGCUCCGACCUCUCGCAGCAUUUGCCAAACUAGCACUUCAGGUUUUGGAGAGAGGUAGCUUCAUUUGCAGCCAAGAGGAGAUCAGUGUGUGCGGCCUGACAGAGGAGGACCUGACCCUGGGCUUUCUUCGACCCGUCAGUGAGUAUGAUGCCAGUGGAGGCCCUGCUACAUUUGAAAUCCUUCAUAUCACCCUCCAGUCUUUCCUGGCGGCAUUUGCUCUGGUGCUGGAUGAGCAGGCUGCUGCCAGCUCCAUCCUCAAGUUCUUCACCGAGUGCAGCAGGAAAAGAGAAUCGUCCUGUCUGCCUUUUGACUUCUGCAUCUGUGGCUCCUCAAAGUCCAGUGAAAAGCAUCCAUUUGCAACUAAUGACCACCUUCAGUUCACUAAUCUGUUCCUGUGUGGACUGCUGUCCAAGGCUCACAGCGGCCUGAUGGAGCAUCUGGUGUCUCCAGUGUUAUUAAAGAAAAAACGGGCCUUACUGAAGUCCUACCUUUCCACCAGUGUAAAGUCCCACCUCCAUGGCUUACCCCACUACAACGGCGAAGAGGGCAGGAAAGUUCACGUUCUGCCCAACUUCCUGUGGAUGCUGAGGUGCAUCUUUGAGACGGGGAGCAAAGACAUCGCUCAGAUGACAGCGAAAGGCAUCACAGCGGGCUUCAUCAAGCUGGGCUACUGUAACGUGUACUCAGGGGACUGCACGGCCCUGAACUUUGUGCUGCAGCACCGGCAGAAGCUGCUGGGCCUCGACAUGGACAACAACAACAUCAGCGACUAUGGGGUGAUGCAGCUGAGGCCCUCCUUCAGUAAGAUGACGGUAGUGAGAUUGUGCGUCAACCAGCUGUCUGACAGCAGCAUGGAGGUUCUGGCAGAGGAGCUGUGUAAGCACAAAGUGGUGGAGGUCUUGGGGCUUUACAACAACCACAUCACAGAUGUUGGAGCCAAGCUGGUUGCUCAGAUAAUUGAGACAUGUCCAAAGCUGCGAAUCCUCAAGUUUGGUAAAAACAAGAUCACUGGUGUUGGUGCGAGGUUUUUGGCCAGUGCGAUUCAGAAGAGCACUUCUAUAUUUGAUGUGGGAAUGUGGGGGAACAGCGUCGGCGAUGAGGGAGCAGAAGCAUUUGCAGAAGCUUUGAGGCGCCACCCCAGUCUGACCAACCUCAGUCUCGCAGCCAAUAGCAUCACAUCUAAAGGUGGGAAGUGCCUGGCAGAAGCGCUGAAAGAGAACAGUGUCCUCAGGAUAUUCUGGUUGGUGCAGAAUGAGUUGACUGAUGAAGCAGCUCCACACUUUGCCCAGUUGGUCCAGGUGAACACAGGUUUAUGCCACCUCUGGUUAAUCAGCAACCAGUUCACUGUGGAUGGGAUCAAACAGCUCGCUGAGGCCCUUACUCACAACACAGCACUCAAAGAAAUAUGUGUGAAGGGAAACCAGCUCUCUGAGGAGGAAGAGAAACAGUUUGUGGCAGAGAAUAGGCUGCGGUUCCACUGAUGGGCACUCACGUGCGACGUGCAUGUGCUGCUGAGAAAUGUCUGUAUGGCACAAUAGAUGUAGUGCCUGUUAUGUUAUGUUAUGUAUGAACAGUGUGGUGUAUUAUUUCAAUUUCACCUGGCUGCUGCUGUUUGGCUGUGGGCACAGAGCCUGACUAUAAUGUAAAGGAAAAUAUUGUGUAUUGAUCACAUCGAUCAUUGUUGAUGAAAUCAUUUCUGGACUAAGGAAACUGUCGGUUUCGUGUCGGAGAUGUUUACCUGAAAUCUCGACCAAAUAUUUGACAUUUGACAACCAUGACUGUUACAAAAAGGGAAGUGAUAACACUGAUGAAAAAAAGGAAAAGAGUUUCUUCCUCAGGAACCUGUGUGACUUUAGGUGCAUAUUUUGGUUUGCAUGCAUAUAUGAACAAUAACUUUAUUCUAUUUAUUUUUUGACUGUUACGACUCGACGGAGCUGUUAGCUGAUGGGAUGUGUGGCGGUGUACUUCAGUGUGAAGAGAGUGAAUCAUGUUUACUGUUUGUGUGAUAGCUCUUUGUGCAGAGGUAUACAGAUACCCUUUGGCUAUUGGAUCCAAUCAGAAUGUGUUCUGUUGCAUGACAUCAGCGAAUUAAUUUCUCCUGAUGGACUCUGGUGAAUGAGAACAAAACAUGGAGCUUAGUUAAAUUAAGAAUUGGUUUUAUUCUCGCUGAUCUGUUUCCCUCUAUAGACCUUUUCUCACAGCAGGCAAUUUAAAUUAACUAGCAGGAAAAGUGCAGGUAGAACUUAUAAAAUGAAUUUUGGCUCUGUUCCAUUGAAGUGUUCCAAUAAUCUACUGAAACUCACACACCUAAAUGAAAGGCAGCCAAUUAGCAAAUUAAAUCUGUGCGUUUGUUUACGGCUACAUGUCAAAAUGUCUGCUGUGUAUCCUGGUUAACAUCUUCCAAAGCUACCAUUCCCUCUCAUACAGGAGCAAAUCACUAACCCUAAUGCCUUUUUAAAGGGGCACUCAGGGACUUAUCACUACACUUCCAUACAGUAAGGGGACUUGCGAGAGACACAUGCAAUAAAUAAUGGUUAAAAUUGAAGUAGCAUAUUCUAGGAUAUACUGAUUUAUAGUUCUUAGUAUGGGUCAAGCUCCAAAAACACUGGAUACUCAAUGCAUUAGAACCUCCCUGCCUGGUAAAUGCCCACAUGGUAAUCAAUGAAGUGCCUCUUUAAUUCAACUGUUGAAUUGGACCACCAGCACAAUCAUGAUCAGUCGUUGAGCCCCUGAAAUAAAGUGGCCAAACGUAAACUUCUUCACUGAACCUUCACUAAGCUCCAUGUUUGACACAUUUGUAUUUGAAUUGGAAUAAAACACUCCAUGCUGAUUAGACCGCACAAAAAUAACGAGACAUAAUAAUGCCAUAAAUACACGAGAAUGUUUAAUUUAUUUUUGUAUGCAGUUUUACAGAAAAUAAAUAUUUUAACA